AUGCAGCUCACUGCCGUCCUUCCUCUGGCCCUCGCCGCCCUCUCCGCCGCCAUGCCCGAGCCCACUCAGGCACCGGCUGCGGCCCAGGUCGAGCGUCUCGUGCGCCGCCAACAGACAAGCGGAACCGCAACCACCUCCAGCGUGAACGUGACCAGCAUCACCUCGCUGAUCAACGCCUGCGCCACGUCGCUCAGCGCCCUCCAGAGCAACUUCCCCGCCAUUCCUACUCCCCUGAACCCCUACGUCGGGCUGGUCUUCCAGGACUCGAACUGCACCUUCAGCAUGGCCGAGUCGGUCAGCUCCGACUUUGUCAAGCUCUCGUCCGAGGUGAGCGUGUGGGCCGAGACGAGCUGGACCUCCGUGCAGGCUGCCACCAGCACCUGCUCGCCCGUGCUGAGCACCCUUGGCUUCAACCUCAACAACCUGAACUGCUCGCCCAGCAUCGCUGUAGUCUGGACCGGCGGCAACCAGACCAGGACCGAGAACUUCAGGAUGAUCGGCGUCACCGAGGCCACCGCCACCCCUACUCCCACCAGCACCAACGGCGGUGGCAGCAACGGCGGCAGCAACGGUGGUAGCAACGGCGCCGGCCAGACUUCUGCCACUCCCAGCCCCACCGGCAAUGCUGCCGCCCUGGCCAAGCCCGAGCUCGGCAUCUCCAUCGUCCUGGGCGCCAUUGCGGGUUUCAUGGCUCUCCAGUAA